GAUGGCAGCCCCGCAGCAGCAGCCCGGUGGAUCGAUGGCUCAACCCGGCAUUCAGCAAGCUGCUUCUAUACAACAGCAACAGCAGCAGCUUAGUCAACAACAAGACUUUGAUCCGGUUCACAGAUUCAAGAUGCUCAUCCCACAGCUGAAAGAGAGCCUACAGAACCUAAUGAAGAUCGCGUCUUUGAAUUUAGGGCAUAAUUCCUCGAUCGAUAAUGGCAUCAAGAGUAGUGACGCCACUGUCCAACGCUUCGACAAAAGUUUGGAGGAGUUCUAUGCCCUGUGUGAUCAGCUGGAACUAUGUUUGCGGCUCGCCUACGAGUGCCUUUCCCAGAGCAUUGACAGCGCAAAACAUUCUCCCAACCUGGUCCCCACCGCCACCAAGCCUGACACCGUGCAGACAGAGUCCCUGUCCUACGCCCAAUAUCUUGGCAUGAUCAAGUCUCAGAUCUCCUGUGCCAAAGACAUUCACAAUGCUCUCCUGGAAUGCUCCAAGAAGAUUGCAGGGAAGGGUCAACCACAGGGAAUCAUAUAGAGAUGGACUGACUCGUUAGCUCAGUUGUUUUGUCGUGUGUGUGUGUGUGUGUGUGUGUGUGUGUGUGUGUGCGUGCGUGCACGCGCGCGCGUUUUGGAUUUAAGGAUGUCUAACGUUUUUGCAGUUUUGUGUUAAGUUGGUUAGAAUGUUGUUUAUCUGACCAAGAUCCCUUGUGAUCAAAUUUGAUUUUUUUUAAUGUAAAAUAAGUGUAAAUAUUAUUUUGUCAAAAUGUCGUGCUAUAAGAUGACCAGCAGGUGGUGGUAGAGUAGCAUUGAUUUGCAGCCGAUUACUCGGGCUUUCUUUUUACAGCUCAUUUGUAUGGACU